GCAUUUUAUUUUUGAAAUCCAAUAUAUCUUCAUUUUCGUAUUGAAAGACUUUUGAGUUCUUUCUCUGAAAACAUGGCGAAAUUAUUAAAAUUAUUCUUUGUACUUUGUAUCUUCUUUUUGCAAUCCUCUUUUGGACAAGAAGGAAUCGGACUUUGUUCGCAGGUGUACCAGAUGCAUCGAUAUUGUAUGAACCGACAAGACUACUCAACUGGAACAAACCAAGUUGCAAAACGAGGACAAAUCGGCAAAGCUGGGCCCAGGGGACCGCCUGGAGUAGUAAACUACGGAGUCAUUAAUUCGACUAUUUCAAAACAAUUUGAAGUUCUUGAAAAUGGGCUAAAAACGAAAUUUGCAGAAAAUUUUCAAGCUUUGGAGAGGACGAACUCAAAUCGUGAUGAUAUAGAACAUUUACAGAGAGAAUUAAUGAACUGCACUCGAAGAAUCAGCAAUCUAGAAGAGAUAUUUACGUGGAACAGAGCUAGCAACAAUUUUUUCUACAAAUUAUUUCACGAUAAAGUAACUUAUGAAACUGCUAGAUCGAACUGCAAGAGAAUUGGAGCGAAUCUUGCAUCUGCGGGAGUCCGCGAUUCUACUGUACGAAGGCAACUGAUUUCGUUGAUCAAAUCUGGAGAAAGUAGCGUCUGGAUCGGUUUGGAUGAUCUUCAGCGGGAGGGGAACUUCAUUUGGGCAGAUGGCGUCGACUCUACUAAAGCGAAUUCAGAUUGGUCUACAAACCAACCCGACAAUUCUAGAAAUGAAGACUGUGGGCAUUUUGCCAUUGGGUAUGGAUGGAAAUUGAAUGAUGCUCCAUGUGGCCUUCUGAUGAAAUAUCUAUGUGAAAAACAAAUUUAAACUCUUAAAAAAUAAGGGAUAUGGAAAAUGAGAAACUUUUCAACUUUUUCCCACACUCCCACAAAAGAGAGUGAGUGUCCACACAGACAAUUACAUUUUUACUAAAAAUGCUUGUAUAUAUGACCCCAUAACGUUAUCGAUGUAUAUAUAAUUAACAACAAAAUCAUUUGAUUAAAUAUAUGUCAAUCGCGGGAUAAAAAAUCCAGUUUAGGAGAUCGAUAUGGGUUAGCAAACUCUGUCAAACUUGAGAAAAAUGGGAAUUGUUUUGUUUCAGCAUAACUAAAAUUAUUGAAAAAGAUUUUUGCAAAAUAAUAUAUUGCUAGUAUAAAUAAUAAAACCUUUUGUUUCCUCAUUAUAAACUAUUUUAAUAAUAGUAAUGGCCUAUCAAAUGAAUUAUAAAAGUAGCGUUUACAUGUAGUUUCUGACCAAUUUAUUCAAGAUGUAAUAUACUUAUAUACUAAUAUACUUAUAUUCAACUCAUGUUAUAAGUCAGGUAG